AGCAGCUAUGUCUUCUCAUUGAUAAUGAUAAUGUACCUGGUGGCCCUCCCUUUGGGAUUACACGACCUCCAAGGUUUCAUGAAAGAAGUGCAGUGGUGGAAAUUUGACAGCGCGGGUAAAGAAGUGGAAAAAAGAAUAAAAAAAGAAUCGAAUAUCAUUGCUAUCGUAAUGAUAAUUGAUACGUUCUUGGUGACGAUUACCACAAUAGCCUUCACUGUUCCCCAAAACGUGGACAGACACCUUUUGUAUGAAGUUGCUUUAAUCGAAGACCUUUUUCCAACGUGGUCAAACGUGUUGAAAAUAGUCCAUCGAAUCCAGGCCUUCUUCGUACGACCUUUCUGUGUCCUGACUUCAUUUUCUCUGUUCUUGUACAUCUUCUGCAACACGAGGUUCCAAAUGUACAUGAUUUUGAACUACAUCAAGACCAUUAACGAAGGAUGCGAAAACGAUCAAGUGAGAAUCAAAGAUCGGUUGGUGUUUUGCUUCAAGAGCUACAUUCAACUGAGCGAAGCUGUUCGAAGAAUGUUGAAAGUGAUAGAAUCGUCGUCUUUAGCGUAUCAAGCUAUGACUCUUGUUGUCAUUGUUAGUACAGCCACCUACGUUCUUCUGUUUCAGGACUACGCACGGGAGCAGAAUUUUCGUUUCGUGUGUCUCUCGAGUUGUGGUGUUUUCAUGUUGGUAACGUUGUUUCAACUUGGACAAAGCACCGAAGACAGCGUUACUGAGGUCUAUGAAACUUUGAUGACGAUCGACUGGUACGACUGGAACGAAAGCACCAAGAAGAUAUAUUUGAUGUUCCUCUUGAGUACGGUCAAACCCUUGCGAAUACAAUUUUCCGAAAAUUAUUCUCUUAACUACAACAUGGCCGUUCAGGUGGUCCAGAAUGCCGCUUCUGUUGUUUUAGUCGUGUAUCAGCUCAAUUUCAUGUAGAUUUUUUUUAAAAACACCACAACUAAUUUUUAAAUACACGGAG